AUGAAUUACUUUGCAUUUAGACGAUUCUCUAUUGCACUUAAAAAUAAUCCUAAGGCAUUUUUUGAUGUAUCAAUUGGAGGAAAUCCGACUGGGAGGAUGACUUUCGAGCUAUUUAAGAACGAAGUACCAAAGACUUCUUCUAACUUCCUUGAAUUCUGCAAAGGAUAUAAGCCUCUUUUAGGCCAGAAUUACUCUUAUAAAUACUCUAUAUUCCAUAGGGUAAUUCCGAGAUUCAUGUGACAAGGUGGAGACAUAAUUAAUGGAGAUGGUACAGGGACCAUUUCAAUAUACGGAGGAAGGUUCCCUGAUGAAAACUUUAAGUACAAACAUGAUAGGCCCGGCCUCUUAUCCAUGGCUAACGCAGGGCCUGAUACAAACGGAUCUCAGUUCUUUAUCACUACGGCAGAAACUCCAUGGCUUGAUGGAAACCACGUUGUUUUCGGCCAAGUUGUUGAUGGAAUGGACGUCCUUGAUAAAAUUGAACAACAAGGAACAGAUCUUGGCAGUCCUAGGCAAAGAAUUGAGAUCUCAGAAUGUGGAGAGAUCAAGGAAGAAUCUGCUGAAUAA